GAGAACGGAUCCCCCCGUGAAGCGGCUCGAAUCAAAAGCGACCAAACGCGCCGAGAAAGACUCCGCCGAGAACAGAGCAAACCCUAGCCGCCGAUGCCGACCGGCCGCCAUGGCAAUGCGCGCUCUGGUCUCCAAGCUGAGGACCCCGGUGGCCGCUUCUUCCCGCCGGUCGUUUCGCUCCUUCUCCACCGCCUCUCAGGGUCAGCCUGACUCCGCCGCUCUGAGAGAAACUUUCCUUGAAGAACAUAGAUGCGUCUGUGCCAUGAGAGACGCUAUAAUUGAAAAGCAUAGGCUCGCCUACGAACGCAUCAUUGCACGUCACAGGAGGCGUUGCAUAUAUAUAGCAUUGGGUUAUUGCAUUUUCGCCUACCUCUCGUUCAAAACUAUAACCUACCUUCACCCUGCACCGCUGCGCGAGCAUCGUUCCCGCAAGCAUCGUUCCCACAAGAUGGAGUAAGCUAAGGGGAGCAGCAAGCAAGCUUUUCCUUGUCUAUGCCUGUGUGCCUACUUGUGUUAUGUAAUAGCACUCAGAUUGUGCCAAUCUAUUGCUUACUAUCUGCUACUCCUUUGUAAUCAGGACCAAACCAAGUGUCGUACCCUUAUCUCUGUCUAUUCGGGUUAUGGAGUAAAAACUAGCGCUUUCAACUGAUUUUGGUAUUGCACUGCCGUCUGGAUGUCUGAUGUUUCUAUUCGUCAGAUAUAUGCUAUACUGUAUGAUCGAUAAGCUAGCUAGGCAGCAAUGCAACUAUCCGUACUCUUGCUGCUACCGGCAAUGC